CCGGCCCUGCCCUCAGUGUCGCGAUGGAGCCUCUGUCCCCGGCCUCCGCACUGGCCAGCUGGAACACCUCCUCAGCGGCCACCAGUGGAGGUGGCGAGAAUGGGACGCUGGUGGGGCCAGCACCCUCGCCGGGGGCCCGGGCGGUCGUGGUGCCCGUGCUGUACCUGCUGGUGUGCGUGGCGGGGCUGGGCGGCAACACGCUGGUCAUCUACGUGGUGUUGCGCCACGCCAAGAUGAAGACGGUCACCAACAUCUACAUCCUCAACCUGGCCGUGGCCGACGUGCUGCUCAUGCUGGGGCUGCCCUUCCUGGCCACGCAGAACGCCAUCUCCUACUGGCCCUUCGGCCACGUCCUGUGCCGCCUGGUCAUGACGCUGGACGGCAUCAACCAGUUCACCAGCAUCUUCUGCCUGACCGUCAUGAGCGUGGACCGCUACCUGGCCAUUGUCCACCCCAUCCGCUCCACCCGCUGGCGCCGCCCGAGGGUGGCCAAGCUGGCCAGCGCCGCAGUCUGGGCCUUCUCGCUGCUCAUGUCGCUGCCGCUGGUCAUCUUCGCGGACAUCCAGGAGGGCUGGAACACCUGCAACCUCAGCUGGCCGGAGCCCGUGGGCCUGUGGGGUGCCGUCUUCAUCAUCUACACGUCCGUCCUGGGCUUCUUCGGGCCGCUGCUCGUCAUCUGCCUGUGCUACCUGCUCAUCGUGGUGAAGGUGAAGGCGUCGGGCGUGCGCGUGGGCUCCACGAGGCGGCGGUCGGAGCGCAAGGUGACCCGCAUGGUGGUGGUGGUGGUGGUGGUGUUCGUGGGCUGCUGGCUGCCCUUCUUCAUUGUCAACAUCGUCAACCUGGCCUUCGUCCUGCCCGAGGAGCCCGCCUCUGCCGGUGCCUACUUCUUCGUGGUCAUCUUGUCCUACGCCAACAGCUGCGCCAACCCUGUGCUCUAUGGCUUCCUCUCUGACAACUUCCGCCAGAGCUUCCGGAAGGUUCUGUGCCUCCGCAAGGGUUCAGGUGCUGAGGACGCAGAUGCCACAGAGCCUCGGCCUGACAAGGGUGGCCGCCCAGAGGAGGCCACGCUACCCGCCCGCAGCUCCGAGGCCAACGGGCUCAUGCAGACCAGCAAGCUGUGAGGGCCGUGGGCGGGCGGCGCCAGGUGGCUCCUGCCCCUGUCUGGUCUCGUUCUCCCAGGCAGAACACUCCCCCAAGAUUCGGGGUCCUGCCCAGCUGACCCCCUCAGCGGCCUGGAGGUUCCCUGUGGUGUGAGGACCAUGGGUGGUCCUGGUCCUGAAGUGACAAGUCGUCACUUUCACCAGCCUGUUGUCGCCAUGCAGGCCAGGUCCCGGGAUGUUAGGGGGUGGGUAGGACAGGCCUGGGUGUCCCGGGCAACAGUCAGGGCAUCCUGACCCUCCAGUCCUGUCCUCAGGCUGUGGGAGUGACCAUCGGUGUGAGCUGGUGAUGGCUUGCCCGGCCUCCACCCUCUUAUCACAUGUACCCCCCACACAUCAGCCCUGCUUCCCCUGGUCAGCAUCAGGUGCUGCUCUGUGAAACUGAAGAGCCAGAAGGCCCUGGGCUGCGGCCUCUACCCCAGAGCUCUCAGGACCUAUGGCUGUGCUGACUUUGGGGGUGGCAGGUGUGAAGCUGCACACGGCCCCCCGGCAGCGAGUGCACUGGCAUUCCAGGGGAGACAGCCAGGCCUGCUGAGCUCUCCUGUCCUCGAGCCCCCAUCCACCCCGCCACCCAUCCCCGUCACUGUCUCUCCCUUCCUGGCUGGCUGCUGGCAUGGUCCCAGGAGGCUGCUGAGGUUGGGCUGGGCUCCGUGGGUCCCACCGUGGAAGCGAGUGGGGAGGGCAGCAAGUGCAGAGGGAGAGCGAAGGGGCUGAGGUCAGGGGUGGAGAGUGGGCCCCCAGGCUUCGGGGGUGACACAGGUGUCCCCAGGAGCACAGCGAGAGGCCCUCCUGGGGAGGGGCAGGCAAGGACGCAGGAAGCUGCAGCUGGCUCUUCUGCUUUCAGCAGGGGCUCCGGCCCGGGAGGGAGAGUGGAUAGGAGCAGAAGAGAAAUAUCCAGACGGCAGUGGGGGAGCCGCCUCCCAGCGCAAAUAGCAGGCGGCUUGGAAAGGCAGUGCCGUGUAGGCGUGAAAACGCCAGCAAAUGCCAGGCCCCUGAGGAAUUCUGCGUCCCUGGACAAGAGUGGUCUUAUCCACCCCCAGAAACACCAGCUCCUCCCGCCACCAGGCCUGUGGGUCCCGGGAAGAUGCCCACACUUUGCUGGGAGCCCGGGGCCUUGGGCCUCUCUCUGAGGCUGGAAGGAGAAGGGUCAGAGUUGGGGGCUCACUCAGCCCGCGGGGCCCCCAUCUGGAAUAGCCCUGCCCGGUGCCACCCCCAGCUUGGCUCGGGCUUCCUGGGUCUUCCCAGAGCAGGACCCUGACCCCUAGGAAGGCACAGGGAGCAGGCAGAGAUGUACUGGGCAGGGGACAGGCCUGGUCCACGCUGCCCGGGCCUGAGCACUGGCCAGACAGAGGCCAAGCCCUGGGAACACCAUCGCAUAAUGAGGGCGCUUGUGUGUGACAGCCGCUCUCCUGAAUAAACGAGAGGAUAAAUGUU